AUGCUUGCAUGUAUCUAUCUAUAUCUAUCUCUCAUUCUCUUCAUAUCGCAAUCUGUUCAUCUAUCUAUCUAUCUAUCUAUCUAUCAUUCGUGCUCUUCAUAUAUUAAUGUGUUCAUAUCUAUCUAUCUAUCUAUCUGUUCAUAUCUCAGUCUAUUCUAUCUAUCUAUCAAUCAUCUUCAUAUUUCAAUCUGUUCAUGUCUCUCUCUCUAUCUAUUUAUCUAUCUAUCAUUCUCUUCACAUAUUAAUCUGUUCAUAUCUAUCUAUCUAUCUAUCUAUCUAUCUAUCUAUCUAUCACUAAUUAUCUUCAUAUUUCAAUCCGUUCAUCUCUCUAUAUAUUUAUCUAUCAUUCAUUCUCUUCAUAUAUUAAUCAGUUCAUCUCUCUAUCUAUCUAUAAUUCUGUUCAUAUCUAUCUAUCUAUCUAUCUAUCUAUCUAUCUAUCUAUCUAUCUAUCUCAUUUUGUUCAUAUCUAUCUAUCUAUCUAUCUAUCUAUCUAUCUAUCUAUCUAUCUAUCUAUCACUCAUUAUCUUACCCAGGACGCGGAUGGUCAGUAUAGGAAUAUACUCUAUUAUUAGCAGAAUCUAUCUAUCUAUCUAUCUAUCUAUCUAUCUAUCUAUCUAUCUAUUUCAUUCUGUUCAUUACUAUUUCAUCCUGUUUAUCAUCUAUCUAUCUAUCUAUCUAUCUAUCUAUCUAUCUAUCUCAUUCUGUUCAUAUCUAUUUCAUCCUGUUUAUCUAUCUAUCUAUCUAUCUAUCUAUCUAUCUUGUUUAGCCAUAUACUUAUUUACAACAGUACCUGGGGAUAGUUGGGCUGAUUAUGUUCGUGUAUCAUAA